GGCAGGUUGUUCCAAGAGUUCACAACUUUCACUCCAAAAAAAUUAGCCCUCUCAGUUUUCUGGACUUGCAGUUUCAACUUUGAGCUGUGAUCCUUUGUGGGGCAAAUAUCUGUCAGCUCCAGGUAAGAUUACUCGACUGAGUAGUGCUCUUUGUGAUGUUUAUACACUUCAAUUAGGUCCCCCCCCCUGACCAUCUGUAGUACAAGCUCGGCAAUUGCAGGUACGUACUCUAAUCUGUGUAGCGGAGGUGCCAAAGUGCCGGCACCAGUUUGGUGGUGGUCCUUUGGACAUUUUCAAUCAACUGACAGUCCCUAGUAUAUCUCGAGGACCAAAUGGGGUGACAGAUCCCCAGGGGGGGGGGAGUACCUCGCUCAUGAAGAUUGUUACAAGGGGCCUAACCGUUUAGAUAUCUGAACGACCGACCUUUUAAAACCUAAUAAUUUAGUUGCUUGGUUCACCUUCUCUCAAUGGCCCGAGAACUUCAGUCCUUUUCACAUUCAGUCUCAAUUAAUGCAGAUUCUUCGUCCCUUUGGGCCAUAUGAUACGCCUCCUUACCAUUGGUAGGUCCCAGGUGCAUCCUCUUACACUUCGUGACAUUGAAUCUUAGCAGCCAUUUCUUCGAUCAUGCUUGAAGCUUUGAGAUCUUUCUGCAGCUCUUUACAGUCCGGUUGGUUCUUAAUUUUCCUAAAUAACUUGACAUCCACAAACAUUUGUAUAGAGGAAUGUAUAGCUUCUGGCAUACCCUUUAUGAAGCAAACAAACAACAAUGGGCCCAGUACACUGCCCUGUGGUAUCCUGCUUGUCACGGGUACACAUGACCAUUUCGUGCCAUUAAUCACCACACACUGCAAUCCUAGAGAAAGUCUCUGAUCCACACUAGGACACUUCCCUGAAUCCUAUACCCUUCCAGUUAAAUUUUAGUAUAUAUAUACACACACAGUUUCUCCGCGACUUACGACAUAUUCGACUUGCGACAACCUGGACAUACGACGGCCAUGGUCGUAUAAAAUAUAUUUUACAUUAAGUAUUUUCAAGUCCCGACGUUAGUGAUCUCGCUGUGUAGGACACGUGUACAUGUACUGGUUUCAGAUACUUCACAUUCAGCAUCUUGGUAUGGGGUUAAGAGGGUUAUUUUUCGUGUUACAGUACAAGACAAUGUACUGUACAUCAGUCUUGGGAUUGUAAGAGAUUCACCUAUGAUAAGUCCUAAAAAUCAUAUUACAUAUAUUAGUAUUUAGUUAAAUCAUGAUCAUGAAAGACGUGUAAGUCACUUGCCACAGACAAACACUACAUCUAAUAAAUGUAUCUGGAAUAGUUAUUCCUGUAACCAUCAAAGAAAACGUUUGGACUAAUAUAGUGUACAAUUCUAGUUGUGUGAAGAUUGAAUUUUUGCUGAUUAUAUCUCAAUUAGUGAUUUUAUUAGCUUCAGCUCUUAUACUUAUAUGGUAAUUUGACUUCUAUUCUACUAAACAGUCCACACAUGACAUGACACACGGUGACAGCUAGGGCAUGACAUAGACGUAAACAAACAACAUGGCGUCGGCGGAGGGAGGGAAUUUUCAAGCUCAAGAUAUGGAGCCGUCUUUGCUGAGCCUUGAAAAACUUGACCGCUCCAGUCCGGAUUUGUGGCCAGAACAGAUUCCAGGAGUGUACGAGUUUGCCCCUGUGAUGUCCCCACAACUUAGCCCAGACCCACAGAAUUUGGACCUUGAGGAACCAGAUUACAACCUCCUUUACCAAUUCCGGCUGCUUACAGCUUUGGAAAUAAUUGAAGAGGUCAAGAAACUUCAGAAUGUAGCAUACCAGCUGGGCCUGGAAGAAGCCAAGGAAAUGACCCGUGGCAAGUACCUCCACAUCCUCAACAACAGGAAAGAGAAGUGACUCAGUCAAAAGGUAGUGUAAGGAAAAAUAGAGCAAGUCUUAACUAAUGAAAUAAUAGAAGAAAAAAAAUUGAAAUUUAAUUUCUCUUUAUAAUUUGCCUUGCUGCUUGAAUGCCAUAGUGCUUUCCACUAUGUCUAAAAAGGCAUUUUUUACUGUGUAGGCACAUAAGAGGGAAUUAAUCAAAAGGAAUUAUAAAGUUUUAUAGGCUUUGUAGAUCCCAGUUUUAUGAGGUUUACUUGGUAUUUUUUUAUGAUUAAGUUAAACAUAAUGUUUGUAGUACUGUACAGUAAUGAGUUCUAGAUGUGAUAAUAUGAACUAUACAGUACAUAAAAGAUAUAGUACUGUAUCCUCAGUGAGAAAAAGUGAUAUUGUAUUAAUAUUGAAGUCAAGUUCAGAUAUACAUUAAUAUUCAAAUCUGUGCUUAAAUAUUUAAUAUCAGUGACAAAGGAUAAUAAUUUUGUAAAGUGUUGUUUGUAUAUACCAUAAAAAGUAACAUAUAUAAGCCAUUUUAUCAACAUUAACUUGUCAUAGGAUACUGAUCAGUGAUAGUGUUUUAAAGUACAGUAAAUAAUCUCAUAUUUUAGAAUUAACAGCAUUUUGUCGUAUCUGUACUUAAAUUAUUCGUAAUACUGUAGUGUAUUUUCUUAAUUAAUUUUACAUUAACAAAGGAAGAUUACCUUAAAGACGAAUAUUUUUUUCUGUAAAAAAAGAAAAACAAACAAGCUUUAGUUCCAUUAACAUUAUUUUUUUAAAUUAUACAGUGGUAUCAUGUGAUAUGAUAUUAGUUUGGCAUUGAGUAGGUAGUCAAGCUUCAAGUAGGACCAAGGACGUACUGGUUAAGCCCAAAGGACAUGCAAAGAUUUAGCUUUAUUCAUACACUGUACAGGCAGUCCCCGAGUUACGAUCGUCCGACUUGUGAUCAUCCACACAUAGGAAUGGGAUCCCAAUACAUUCAUUGCAAAAAGUAUUUUAUUAUUCUAUAUUGUUUAGCAUCACUUUAUUAACAGUAUUUACAUUAUUUGUUAUGUAUGGGAUAUUAUUGUUUUAUAUGGGCAGGGUUUUGCUUUAAUCUAAACUAUGGAAUUAACACUAUUCUGACUUAUGAACAAAUCAACUUACGAUUAGGAUUCAGAAACGUAUAUCCCUGUCGUAUGCCGGGGACUGCCUAUGCUUAGUUUUCUUUUCCAGAACCUAUGAUUUUUUUUUUUUUUUUUUAUCAUGAUCUGACUCCUGGGCUGUAGCUUGUCUUUAUGUGCAGAAUUUAGACCUGCAGUACAUUAAGUGUUGCUGUGAACAUUGAGGGUUGUAUUUAGCUCAAGCUGUGCACUCCCAUGUUAGUAUCCUGUGUGUUCCUUUUGGCCAAUUUUUACGCUGUUGUGUGCAGAAUGACUUUAUUCACCGGUGAUAUAUAGUUCAGUAAUGAAGGCAUACAUUCACAGGUUGAAAUGCUACUAAAUCUUUUUUGCAUUAGAAAAGGAGUGGGCGAUAUAAGCAAUUGAAAAAAUCAAGAAAUUUUACUACAGGUAAAAAUUUGUAUUUCAUUUAACGUACAUGCUGUAGAUGUCAAAAUUGGUUAAACAGCACUGGCCAGUGUUCAAACAUUGCUGUCUAGGGCUCGACACACUUGAGGUAAUAGCAAUGUAUUUUUUUGAAAGAUGCUUAAGGAGCAUAUCAUAUUUUGAAUGUAAAAUUUACCAUUUAUGAUACAGAUGAUCUUUGAUGUGCUUAUUACAGUAUAUGUAUUUUUAUUUGACUGGUGAAUUUUUUAUACACUAAACCCUCAAUAUUUUGGUUUGUUAGGAGCUUUGGCCUUGCUGAAGUACAAUAGCGUACUGAAUUUCACACCCGUUUUGGUAUGAUGCCAAAAUUCAUCUCACUUAUAUCUUUUUGCUGAAGAGUGAAGUGAAGAACAUGUAAAGUCAGCCAAGUGGGGACUGCGACAAAAUGUUCUGGAGUAUACUACAGAGGGACUUCCACGUCUUCAUACACCAGAACAUUUUGACGCAAUUUCUACUUGGUGAACGUAAAUUGAGGGAAUAAAACUAUUUACACUACAGAAAGUCUAACCAACAAAUAGUUCUGCUACACCCUGGUCCAUCACCGCUGCCCCUCUGUUAGAUAAAGUAAAUACUGUACGACCUCUGUGCCAAUGUCAGUCUCCAGAUUUUUUUUUUUUUUCAGAAUCUCUAUACUAUAGUGUAUAUUGUACGUACUUUUUGUCAUGCUGAUUAAGAACCUGGGGUUAAAAACGUUAAAAAUUUGGUAAUUUCUUUCCCUAAUUGUUCUUGGAAUAAUUUCUUUAAUUUUCUAACCCAAAUUAUUUGCCAUCUAAAAUUUCUUUAUGGUGCUUACCUGUUACUCUGGAUGUGCUGUCCCAUAUCAAAUUAGUUAAACACGUAGUUUUCCAAUUCAAAAGAAGAGGUGUUUUCGGCCAAAAUAUUCACCAAGGGAAAUGGGUUGUUGUUUCAGCCAUGAUUUAUAAAGUUUUUGUAUUGUUAAAAAGUUAAAUUUAAGUACUUAUUGACACUGCUCAAGUUGGUGAACCUAAUUUUAGCAUUCAUAAUUAUGAAUACGGCAAUUGCCUACACGCCAAAAUUUACCUCAGAAUUUCAUCAGCACCAAAACCUACUGAAUUAGCAUGAAUUAUUGAGGGUUCAGUGUGCAUAAAUAACAGUGUAUAGUUUUGCUCAAUCUUGUUUACUGUUUAGGUAGUGAAACUCAUUUUGUUAAAGCUGUUUAUUGCCCAUACAAUGUGCAGUUGCAGGGAUUAAAAUUUUUAUAUAUCACAUUUCUACAUGUUUUGUAAAUGAUAGAUACAUAGUACAGUAUAUACAACAUAGAUGACAAGUAGUGCCGAUCCUAGAAUGUACAUUAAUAGUAGAUGUAAAUAUUAGUUGGCUGGUUGUCGUAAUGUCUUGAUGACUGUAGCCUGUAAAACAGGAUGCAUAAUUAUCCUACAUGGUACAAAUUAUGAAGACAAGCUAAGAUACUACUAAAUAAAAUAUGCAGUUUUAA